CGCUGUAGUGGAUUAUUUACUUCCGUACAGAAAUUGAUUCAUUUACCAGAAUUGCAUCAUCACAUCAGAAGAGAGACAUAUAUGAGGAGAAUGAAGGACAUCGACGAACAGUUAGAUUCCAGAAAGAAUGAUUUAAUGAAAACAGACUGCACAAUCGUAAUCGCAGGAGAAACAAGUGCAGGAAAAUCCAGUGUUGUACACUUGAUUAUCGGAAAGAACAUCUUACCCACGAAUAUUACGGCUACUACGUCCAGAUUAUGUAGAAUGAGGUAUUCGGACAAAAUGCAAAUAUUAACAUGUGACAGCGAGGACAGACAUAUAGAAGUAACAGAGUGUGAUGACAGAGAAGAUGUGGCAGACAAGUUGUCAGGAAUAGCCAGGACAAAGGACGACACAAUAAAAUACGUUGACGUUUGGCUUCCAUUUGGCAUAUUGAAGGGUAACGUAGUUAUAGUGGAUACACCGGGGAUAGGAGACAAGGAGGAGUUUGCUAAUAUGUUGAUGGACUACAUACAUAAUGCCCUGGCUUUUGUGUUCCUCGUUAAUAUGGGAAAUGCAGGAGGAAUACAGGGCGGUCGAGUAUACCAGUACACUUUGCGAAACAAAACAGAAGAAAAUGUCAAAACCUUUGAAAAGCUUACAAAGGAGUUACAGGAUACGGAACGUAAACGACAGGAGAUAAACGUGGAUGAAAUAUUUCAAAGAGACGUUAUGGAAAAGAUUAUCGAAAAGUUUAUCAAUAUUCAUGAAUCAUUGCAUAGGGUUACAGACAAGAUGAGAGGCUUUAUCACCCCCUUUGAUGUCGAAAAGAAAUUCACCUCUGCUCUUGUUUCCUUCCUUGCACCCAGUGGAAUGAUCAUUGCCGGAAGUAUCCUGUUGACACAAUUGUCAGUAAGUCGUAACGCUGCAAUAGCUGUCGCUGUAACUGGACUUGUGAGUGGUGUGGUGUUUUCAGGAUUAGUAGGGCUUGGUGUUUUGGACGACGUUGACAGCGCUAUUGAAAAGUUUUUCAAGGCCAGUGUAAAUGAAUUGACAAUUGACAAAAUUAAACAGUCUUUAACCAAAACAUAUUCCGAAGGACUCAAAAACAUGAUACGAAGUUUUCUAGAGGGAGAUUUGAAAAAUGAAAUUGAUCAAAUGAAACGCACUGUCGCAUGAAUGAGAAAGAGCGUAGAUUAUUUACAAAAAGAGGAAUCGGGAAUGAUUUAUCUGAGUUAUCAGAUUUCAAAAAUAAAAAAAACCGACUCAAAGAGCUAGAAAAUACCGAAGUAAAAAUUUGCUACAUGCAUAUGGAAAAUUGAUGAUGAAAAAGCUGAAAUUAUUCCGUUUAUCCUAAAUUGAGUUGUUAGUCUUCCGUUAAUAUCUAUUUUUCAAUAAACUAUCAGAGUAUGAAGCAGAAGUUGAUAAAUUUCUGAUGUCUUUUAUUUCGAGUUCGAAUGCACCCCAUCUUGUACAAUUUUGG